UUUCUGUAUUCUAACCAUUAAGUAUGUGACAGUUUUGCUCUUAUUCUUUGAGUGCUGAAAAAGUUUGAAGAUACCUGAUGUGUGAUGUAAAUAUCUAAAUUUGUGGAAUCUUAUUGUAGAGUUAAAAAACAAAAUGAUGGAGACUUCAGUUGUCAAUGUCGCUGUUAAAUCAGCGUCUUACAAUAUAAUUUUACAGAUUUUGAUGCGGAUAGUCUCAUCUCUGUCAAAUGCUGUUAUCCUGCGUUUCAUAGCUAAAGAUGCCCUAGGUGUUAUAAAUGUUCGAUUGAUGUUACUGUAUUCAACAUGUCAUUGUAUUACUCGAGAAGCAUUCCGUCGUUCCUGUUUAUCAAAGUUUAAUUCAAGAACUGUACAAAACAAAUUUAACCUUCUUUGGUUAACGUUGCCAACUUGUGUGUUGUGUUCAAUAGUGCUAGGCUACAUAUGGCUAUAUCUACUGGAUAAGCCAGACCCUGUUGUUGUUCCCAACUAUACAGCCGGAGUGAAUAUUGUACUAGUUUCUGUGUUCAUUGAAACAUUAUCUGAACCUCUUUUUGUUUUUAGUCAGAGCUUUCAUUUUGUGAAGUUGAAGGUAAUCAUUGAAGGUGUUAUGCUAUCUGCCAAGAGCAUUGCCAUGGUCAUAUUUUUGAGUAAAUGGCCCGAUCAUGCUAUGUUCUCAUUUUGCUUAAGUCAGGCAUUAGGUUCAGUCAUUUAUACAUUAUCAUAUUAUGUCUACUUUUCAUGGUAUCUGAGUGUGAACAAAUCCAUUUUACCUGUGCGACACAUAAAGGAUAUACUUCCUAAAUUCUCUAAACAGUUUGUAGAUUGGGAGGAUUAUUGCUUGACCUGGAGUUUUUUUAAGCAGACAUUUCUGAAGCAGUUAUUAACAGAAGGUGAACGAUAUUUAAUGACAUUCUUCACCAUUCUUUCAUUUGGUGAACAAGGAUUGUAUGAUGUUGUGAACAAUUUGGGAUCCCUUGCAGCACGUUUCCUGUUCUUGCCCAUUGAAGAAAGUGGAUACCUUCUUUUUACCCAACUGAUAAAUCGAGAUCAACCAAUUCAUGCUCAGAAAAAUCUUACAUUGAGUUUAUCGCUUCUGGAAAACCUUUUGAAGCUGAUGGUGUUAUUAGGUUUGAUGAUACUUACUUUUGGGUAUUCAUACUCCCAGCUCUUACUGCUGUUGUAUGGUGGCCCAAUUCUUAGCACCGGAAAAGCUCUUACUCUUAUGAGGUGGCAUUGUGCAUAUGUCUUCCUUUUGGCAAUUAAUGGGAUUACUGAGUGCUUCAAAUUUGCUGUAAUGAACCAUUACCAAGUUAACAGGUAUAACAAAAAGAUGAUUAUGUUAUCUGUCAUCUUUCUUGUAGCAGCUUAUUGCUUUGUACAUCUUUUUGGUGGUGUAGGAUUUAUUCUUGCCAAUUGUUUAAAUAUGGGAUUUCGUAUCAUUCACAGCAUAUUUUAUAUACAUAGAUAUUUUAAGAUGCCAAGAUUUUGGUUAGUAAAGAAUGUAAUCCCUCAUUCCGCAGUUACAACAGUUUUGUGUUUGACCUUUGUUUUAACAUCUAUUUCUGAGGUUUUUCUCUGUUGCAAUUAUGGUAUUCAGUUUUGGAUAUGGCACUUAUUAUUGGGAAUUGGUUGUUUUACUCUGUUCAUCUGGGCUGUGUGGUGCAAUGAAUAUAUGUUGGUCCGCUUUCUUUCUGAACAAUGGCGGAAAAAAGAUUUUAAAAUAAAUAAAGUACUGUAAGCCUUUUUCUAUCAUGUAUGUUAAAAGUUUUCAAUAAAUGUAUUUUUACAAUUCA